AAUUUGUGGAAGUUGGAAAGAAUUUGCGAAUUCAUUGUUUCUUUCCGAAUUCGGUUAUUCAGUUAAUUUCAAGAUUUAAAAGAGACUAUACAAAAUGCCGGUUCAAGAAGUAGUAACUACGAAAGUGGUAGUCCAUCCUUUAGUGCUACUUAGCGUCGUGGAUCAUUUUAACCGAAUGGGCAAAAUUGGUAACCAAAAGCGAGUCGUCGGCGUCCUACUGGGCUGCUGGAGAGCUAAGGGGGUUCUAGAUGUAUCAAAUAGUUUUGCAGUACCAUUUGAUGAAGAUGACAAAGACAAGUCCGUCUGGUUCCUGGACCACGACUACCUGGAGAACAUGUAUGGGAUGUUCAAGAAGGUAAAUGCGAGGGAGAAGGUUGUUGGCUGGUACCACACCGGACCCAAGCUGCACCAGAAUGAUGUAGCCAUCAAUGAACUGAUCCGCCGCUACUGCCCCAACUCUGUACUGGUCAUCAUUGACGCCAAGCCUAAAGACCUAGGACUACCUACGGAGGCUUACCGGGCUGUUGAGGAAGUCCAUGAUGAUGGCACCCCCACAACCAGGACAUUUGAGCAUGUGCCCAGCGAAAUAGGAGCCGAGGAAGCUGAGGAGGUUGGUGUCGAGCAUUUACUCAGAGACAUUAAAGAUACAACUGUUGGCAGUUUAUCUCAACAGAUCACAAACCAGCUGCUGGGUCUGCGCGGGCUCACCUCCCAGCUGAACGAGAUUAGAGACUACCUCAUGCAAGUAGGACAAGGCACAUUGCCUAUCAACCAUCAAAUCAUAUAUCAACUGCAGGACAUCUUCAAUCUCUUACCUGAUAUUGCCAAUGACAACUUCAUUGAUAAUCUCUACAUCAAGACCAAUGAUCAGUCUCUUGUAGUAUACCUAGCAGCACUGGUAAGAUCCAUCAUUGCCCUUCACAAUCUCAUCAACAACAAAAUAACAAACAAAGAUGCUGAAGAAGGCAAGAAGGAUGAAGCUAAAGAUAAGAAAGAGAAAGAAGAUAAGAGCAAGGACAAGGAUGACAAAGCAAAAGGAGACAAAAAAGAAAAAGAUGAAAAGAAGAAGUAAUUUAGAAUCAUCAUCCUCAUUAGAUUAACUUGUUUGUAAUACUGAAUUAUUUUUAAAUAAACCAUAUUUACUAAUUCAA